GAAACAAAAUUCAAAAAGUUUCAAUGAGAUAGCUAGAUUCCUCUCCAAGAAAGAAAGAUCCUUCUCUACUAGCUAGCUAGAUUAGAAGAAACUAAUUAGAAUUGAAGCCUGAUCGAAGACUAUAUAUAAAUGCAUGUAUAUACGUAGCUUAGAUCGUAUAUGCCACUUACUGCAUGCAACCAAGCUCCUGAAGAUCCAUAUUGCUUCCUAUACACUGACUAAUAUUGAAGCCAUGGAUAUUGUUGUAUCCCGUAAUGGCCAUGAAGGUGAUCAUUCAGAUUUCUCAACAUCACAUGAGAAAGUAGGAGGAAAAAACACCCCAAGGACAACUUUUCUUGCCUACAUUGGUGCCCAUGAAAUUAACUCCUCUGAGUUAUGGAGGGCAGCAGUAACAGAGACAGUGACAACCACCUUCUUCAUGUUCACACUCAUAAUUGCCAUCAUCUCAUGCUUCGAAUCCCACGAUCACGAUCCCCAGCUGCUCGUCCCUUUUGUGGUCUUCAUCAUUGCUUUCUUCUUCCUCUUGGCAAUAUUACCUCUUUCCGGCUGCCAUGUGAACCCAUUAAUAUCAUUCAUUGCCGCGCUCAAAGGCGUCAUAACUCCUGUCCGGGCUUCCGUCUACAUCUUGGGCCAAUGCGUCGGCUCCAUAAUCGGCUUUAUCUUGAUAAAGAGCGUGAUGAGCCACGACGCAGUAGCCAAGUAUUCCUUAGGCGGCUGCGCCAUCAACGAAAACGGGGACGGGAUAAGUCAGGGUACCGCGCUGGUGUUGGAGUUUGUGUGCACCUUUUUGGUGCUCUUGAUCGGUAUGACAGUGGCCUUCGACAGUAAAAGGAGAAAAGAACUUGGAAUCCCCAUGACUUGUGUUGUCAUAGCAGCGUCCAUUGCAAUAGCAGUUUAUGUGUCGAUUGUGGUGACCGGAAAGCCUGGCUACGCUGGUGCCGGCAUAAACCCUGCAAGGUGUUUGGGCCCGGCGCUGCUGCAGCAAGGCCAGCUGUGGCAUGGGCAUUGGGUGUUCUGGCUGGGACCCUUUUUUGCUUGCAUUCUUUAUCAUGGUUUCUCUGCUACCUUACCCAAGGGGGGAUAAUGGUUAAUUGGUUAUGGGUAGAUGAAGAAUACCCAAUUAUAUAUCUUCAACAAAAAAGUAUCACGUGGUUUUCGUUUAAAGUGUUGAACUUGUAGUUCAAUGGAAUUCGGUUUUCUCUUGGCUCAAGACUCGAGCUUAAGAAUAUGUGAACUAGCCAUCAUGCGUCAGCGCGUGGAUCUCACUUGUUUGUGCGUGUAUCUCACUCAUUGCUGUUGUCACUGUUUUUGGUGUUUUGUUAUUUUUUUGUUGUAUUUUUGGUGUUUGUCCCCACUUUUGUUGGUGUUUUGCUAUUUUUAUUUUGUGGUUUGGAUCACUGUCUCCCAACUCAUUCGAAGUCUGAUCUGUUAGUGAAAACUUUUGUAACCAGGUUUCUUUCUUCCUCAACGGAUUGUCUCUGGUUUUUUACAGUGUUUCUCCAGAAACAACCAUUUCUCGGUAGAUGUUGCCUUUACUGGUUAGGGCUCUUCAUUGAGUCUUUUCGCCAUUUCAAACCACCGUGUGUGGCUCUUGAAGGCAGGAAAGUCCCGGCUUGUUUAUGGUUCUUUUUGAAUUAUAGAUGAAACCAUUGCCUUUUGUUUACUGUU